AUGCCAACUGUUGUUGUCGAAAUCGCUACAGUAGCCGCUAAUCUGAAGAAGUUCAGAGAGAGGCAGAAGGAAGAAGACACAGUUGUCAACUCGCUAGCUACCUCCCGAUCCGCUGGCCAUGAUCCGAUUCUGCCGUGCCAUCCCACGGCCUCGUCACACAGCUAUUGCGGAUCGGGAGAACAGAGAUUACAGAAAGCUAACACGCCCGCACCACUGGCAGCAGCAGCGACCUCCUCCAAGCUUCCCAGCCAGCCUCCUCCUUUCCCUGCUGGACUCGCUCCUCUGCAGCAGCACCGGGCGGCAAGCUCGAGCGGCAGGUACACCACCGCCGCCACGGCCCCCGCGAAGCCGUUCACGGCGCACUACUUCCCGCAGGAGCUGGACCACUUCACCUUCACGCCCAACUCCUCCCGCGUCUUCUCCCAGAAGUACCUCCUCAACGACACCUUCUGGCGGCGGAAACCCACCGCCGGGCCGCUGUUCGUGUACACCGGCAACGAGGGCGACAUCGAAUUGUUCGCCGCCAACACCGGCUUCAUGUUCGACAUCGCGCCCAACUUCGGCGCCCUCCUCGUCUUCAUCGAGCAUCGGUACACGUCGGCCGACAUGCUGGGUUACCUGAUGUCCACGCGGGCGCUCGCCGACUUCGCCAUCCUCAUCACCAGCCUCAAGCAGAACCUUUCUCCCGUCGAUGCCCCUGUCGUUGUCUUCGGCGGCUCCUAUGGUGGCAUGCUGGCUUCAUGGUUCAGGCUCAAGUAUCCCCAUGUCGCCAUAGGAGCACUGGCAUCCUCUGCUCCGAUCCUGCAGUUCUACGACAUCACCCCAUGGUCUAGCUUCAACGACGUUGUCUCGCAGGACUUCAAGUCUGAGAGCCUGAAUUGCUUCAGUGUCAUCAAGGCAGUUUGGGAUGUGCUAGAUGAGAGGGGAUCAAACGAGACAGGGCUCUUGGAGCUCAGCAAAAACUUCAGGACCUGCAAGACAGUGCAUUCCGUUUCUCGUCUGGGGUUGUGGCUAAGGGCAGCAUUCACCACCACUGCCAUGGUGGACUAUCCAACCCCAGCCAAUUUCAUGAUGAAUCUGCCUGCUUAUCCUGUGAAGGAGGUUAGCCUCAAGCAGAACCUCUCCGCCGUCAACGCUCCCGUCAUCGUCUUUGGUGGCUCCUAUGGCGGCAUGCUGGCUUCAUGGUUCAGGCUCAAGUAUCCCCAUGUCGCCAUAGGAGCACUGGCAUCCUCUGCUCCGAUCCUGCAGUUCGACGACAUCACCCCAUGGUCUAGCUUCAACGACGUUGUCUCGCAGGACUUCAAGUCUGAGAGCCUGAAUUGCUUCAGUGUCAUCAAGGCAGUUUGGGAUGUGCUAGAUGAGAGGGGAUCAAACGAGACAGGCCUCUUGGAGCUCAGCAAAACCUUCAGGACCUGCAAGACAGUGCAUUCCGUUUCUCGUCUGGGAUUGUGGCUAAGGGCAGCAUUCACCACCACUGCCAUGGUGGACUAUCCAACCCCAGCCAAUUUCAUGAUGAAUCUGCCUGCUUAUCCUGUGAAGGAGAUGUGCAAGAUCAUUGAUACUUUUCCCCCCGGAGCAGACGUCAUCGACAAAGCUUUUGCUGCGGCGAGCCUAUACUACAAUUACACAGGCGACCAGAAGUGCUUCGAGGUGGAGGGUGGUGAUGACCCUCAUGCCCUCCACGGCUGGGGCUGGCAGGCCUGCACUGAGAUGUUCAUGCCGAUGACAGUGUCGAACGAGAGCAUGUUCCCACCGUCCAGCUUCAUGCCUGAGAAGAGGUCCGAGGGCUGCUUUAUGUUCUACGGAGUUCGUCCAAGGAUGCACUGGAUCACUACUCAAUAUGGUGGCCAUAAAAUUGACAAGGUUCUCAAGAGGUUUGGGAGCAACAUCAUCUUAUCCAACGGGAUGCGAGACCCGUGGAGUGGAGGCGGGGUGCUCAAGAAAAUAUCAUCCAGCAUCAUUGCUCUCGUCACAGAGAAAGGGGCCCAUCAUUUGGACCUCAGAUCUGCAACCAAGGAUGAUCCAGACUGGGUUGUAGAACAAAGGAGACAGGAAGUUGAGAUCAUACAUGGAUGGAUAGAUCAGUAUAACAAGGACAUUGCACGGAUGUAGUAGUAAGAAGGCGCCAUUGAUUUUCACAGUCAAGGAAAAUAAAUGUAGCUACAUGCAAAAUGUAAGGACUUUGCUUUCUUCUACAGGACGAUAAGCACAAAAACUUGAGAUAUACUCCCCUGUCCCAUAAUAUAAGAUCUUAUUACAUCUAGUAUAUGAGUAUAUUGGAUGUAAUAAAAUGUGGGACGGAGGGAGUAAUACAUGAGAGUGGUUUUUCUA